AUGCCGGCGGCGAAGAAGGAUUCGCGGAAGCGCACGACUGCAACGGAUGAGUCGCCAUCGAAAAAGUUGAAGGAGCCGAAGAGGGCGGCCGAGUCCAGCGAUACAAGCCGAAAAACGAAGCAGCCGACGCUCGGCCACUUCAUCCCCGACGCUGCGAAAGUGAAGAAAAGCACUGCCGCUGCACCAAAAAAGACUGUGUCCCGCUCCAAGAAGGACGGCUUGGCGCCGAUCGACCACGUGGCCCUCGUCGGCUUCUCCGAAAAAGAGGUGGCCGACUGGAAGGAGAAGCUCGGAAAUGGGCUCUUCGAAAUCAGCACUGGUCAUGUGUCAAUCGCUCAUACUCUGAACUGCGUCGUCCUCAACUCCACCGGCUCCACAAAGCUGCUCCGAGACUGGAACGCUCUCUUCCUCGGCGCCUUCCAUGGAUGCAAUUUCGCCGAGGUCAGCUUCCUCGAGGAAUGCGCCAAGAAGCAGGAGGUUGCUGAUCUCUUGCCCCAUCAACUCCUCCGUGAAAACCUUGGGAUUAGACUUUCUGCGGCUCCGAAAACGUUGCCAGAAGGGUGUACGCUUGACGCAAAGCGAGGCGCGCAAUUGGCCUUCAAGCUUCAAGAUCUCCAAGCCCAAAAGCCGUAUUUCUGCGACCCGGUCUUCGAGAGGCUGCUUUUUGUGCACGGGACCCGCCGUACCGAUGUGGCCCGGGUGCAGGAGUUGUGCCGAAUUCUGCAAGCCUCGAACCGGAAAAUCACACGUGAGGAAGGCGGAAAUUGGAUAAAGAUGCGCCACGAGCCGAAAAACGCGGACCGUCUCGCGUCGAUGGUGGUGCUCGUUUUUCACGACGAGCCGGAGGAGAAGGCGCCGGCCGAUGCGAUCAAGCGGCUGCUGAUCAAGCGGGUUCCGGUGCUCAACGAGGAGCUGCUCCAUCAGCUCAUCAUGCAGCUGGAACGCCCCACAAAGGAAAAUUGUCUCCUGCUCAGCUAUCAACAUUGGAAUGAGAAAUGCAGGUGGGAUGACACGGAAAAGCUGUUCAAUUGGGUGACCGGGACCGAUGACGCGAUGCCGGAAGAGCUGGACGCUUUUCUUGAAAAAACAAAGCCGCGCAAGGAGCCGGCAAUCUCGCGCUGCCGCGCCGCCAUGACGCCAAUGGAUCGGACGAUAUCUCAAGACACUGACAUCUCGAUGAGGACGUCCACUGACGAUGCCGAAGAUUUGCACAUGGAAUUCGAGGAGGAGGUUCGUCUGAACGAUAUGGAGGGCAGGAGCGAGAGACCCGAUUCGCCCGAGCGCCAGCCCCAAACCAUCACGUUUGCACCGGCGCCAAAACAGCCAAUGGUCCGCUGUGACAAUGGAAUGCAGGUCUUCAACUUCGACCUGGAAGACACGUUGCCGUUGCCGGCACCCCAGCUGUGCCGUGACUGGGUGGAUAUGGUACCGCUGAUUGCCAACGCCUACAACCGAAUCCCGAGGGGUCGAAAGUUGAGAAUCGCGCCGGCGAAUGAACUUGCCUACGACCGCGAUUUCGAGCGGAUGGCCACGUUGAACCCAAAGUUCUACCCGUCGAUGCUCAUGCACUUUUUCGAUAAAUUCCUAUACGCAUCUUCCGGCGAUCAAGUGCCCGAUCCGCAUCGAAUCGCGAAGGUCGUUCACGAAAUCCUGAUCAACGAAAAGUUUGAGCAUCACGCUGAAUGUACGCAGCCGAUCCAUGCAUUCCUCGGGACGCUGAGCCGGAUUCUAGGCAAAUGUCCGCCCGUCGACGCUUCUUCGCGGUACUACUGGCUCUCAGUGUUCUCCGAAGUGAAAUUGGAUUCCCUCGGCGUCGACGAGGCCACGCGAUUGGAGAAACCGGCUGACAAGUCCCAGAGAGCAACGGACAUUCUACUCAACAAGCGCGACGAUUUCCGGAAGCUGCUCGUAGAUGUUUUUUGCACGGCCACCGCCUGUUAUCCGGAACUUCAACUCAUCCUAGUAGAGCUGUUGGAGUGGGACCUAUAUGCCUGCGAGAUCAGGGUCUGUGAGCCGGAGACGCAAAGCUUAAAAAUCGACUACCCGGCCGCACUGCACAAAAUCCCGUUGGCCUAUCUGUUGUUGAACGGCACCGACGUGGAGUGCAUUCGAAUCAAGGACAGCGAGCAACUGUUGACCGAGCUGUGCCAGAAAUGGGGCAGUUUUGAGGAGGCACACGACCGGAUCGUGACGGCCCGUCUGAUCACUGUGCUGAUGGCGUCCGCGCGUUGCAUGGUCGAUCGCCAGAAUUCAUCGCAGGUUCACAUUGGCGAUCUUCCCCGGGAUUUCCACGAGAGCGUCAGCGAUCUCGGCCAGCCGCUGCGCAACAAUAAGCAAAGGCACAAGCAGCCGGCCGUCAACGAGCAUUUCCCGCUGGAAUGGCUUGUCAAGGCGCUGAACGACUAUUCGCAUCGCACCGGCGCCUAUCUCAACCAAAAGCAC